AUGGAGCAAAUGUCGCAGAAAAGUGGUAGCGGUACGGUGAACAAUCAUGAGCUGAACAACCCUGGCAACCACCCAUCACCGGUGUUUGACGAAAUAAGGCAGGAAAUUGGUAAAAUUAAUCCGCACGCGGAAACGAUCGAGCAAACGUACCAUCUGCGAAAGUUCGCCGAACUGUUCCGUCGACUCAUCACCAACGAUCAACUGCUCAAUGAUCUCUUUCUUUACCUCAACGAGGAAGCACUUUCAAAUGCCAUGUUUGCCAUCCAGUUUGCAAUCGUAUUUGCCUCCCACCAGCUAGCCGACGCUUCCUUCUAUGAAACGAAAGUUCGCAACGCCAUGAUUGCGACGCUGCAGCAAAACUUUCUCUCCAUCGAACGGUUGAAACAGGAAAAUAUUCACCGUUUCUACAACUCAGUCACGUUGCUUGGUGAGUACUACCACCGGAAGCGGGUCGCAUUCUGCAAACGAAUCCAUAUCCUGGGACAAUCCUUGCUGCUGCUGCUUACGUCCGAGCUUGAGCAGGAAAUUAGCAAAUGCUGUCAGCAACCGGGCACUUACCGGUUUCAGUCCAGUUUGGCCAAGCUAGUGCUGGCCCAGAUCAUACUCAACGGGCAGGAAGUAAAGGAAGAACACAAGAAAGAAGUUCAAGAUCUUCUGUACACGGUGCGGAAGGCAUUGAUCAUCAUCCCGAAUCUGUGUGAACAGACGAAAGCGCUCCUGCUAAUGACGCUUGACAUUUACUUUGGGCAUAUAGCAGGAUUAGAUAAGCUGUACGGCAAGUACUUAAAGGAACCGAGCAGUGCAGAAGUGCAGGCGGAGGCGGACCAUUCAGUCGACAGCCCGAUAUUGGUGAAUGGUAAUGAGACGCCAAAGGAAAAUGGUGUUGAAACGGUGCAACAACCAACAGCGAACGACACACACAAACCAUCAGUGACAGGUGUAAAGGCGAAAGAAAAUGAUACUUCGGGACAGAAAUCGAAAGGAGCAAAAGCGGGCACGUCCGAUCGUUCGUCCGGUAGGAGCGGUAAAGCUUCCAAUCAGCACAACACCACCAACGACAAGGAAAAUAAAAAACGAUCUCAAACGAAGAGUACCCCGGUAGAUAAAACGUCCCCCAAAUCAACGUCCGGUACCGAUAAGCGAUCGAUUCGUUUGCACGAGGAUGGAAAUAUUGUUGCAACGAUUACACGUCGUGACACACCCGCCACAGCACCUACUUCUCCAGCAAAGAAACAUCCUAUCCAUCAACCACAGCAGCCAUCGAAUACGGUGCCUCCCCGGUCAUCAACUAGCCGGCAGAAGCUUUCACCACGCACAACGGAAAAGUUGGCAGCUCUGCCGAAGAUAACCGUCACCGGUGCGACACCAUCACCGAAACGUACCCAGGACAAACAUCAACUAUCCUCCAACUCAUCCCGCCCCGUACUCGGUCCAUCGAUAGCGAAACAAAAAUCGCAUCCACCACCAAAAAGCCCUACAACCCCCCGCACCGACAGUCGGCAAGGCCAGCCGCCGGCGGCCCGCACUAAGCACGAUCGAAACGUACGUGGUCAGGAGCACCGUGGUGGCACGAAAGCGGAACAGCAAAACAAUACUGGCGGCGAUGUGACCAGGAAUACGAGGACUAAUGUAGAUCAUCAGUCUUCCAACCAUACACCAUACACACCGGAACUUCAAAACUCGGAACCGCUCGACUGGAGCAUCGUUCCCGAGCAGAAACCGGAAACGGUAUGCACAUCACCAUCAUCGCGGGACAAAGAUACAGAAGCGUACGAAACAACAAACGGUAGCCCAACAUCACCGUACUAUUAUGAGCAAGAUGAUCCCUUGACUGGUAUGCCAGAAAUACUCAUCGAAAGUAUGGCAAUACGCCAGGUCAAUCCGCAAACCACAUCGUUCCUGUCGUUUUUAGCCCGGGACUGA